CUAUGACUUCUAAGUGAUGUCUCUGUACAAUCACCAUAAUGUUCGACAGUGCAAGCCAUGUACAGAAGACAUACAUACACAUGUUCCAGGGGAGUGGAAUGAACAGAUGGGAUCUAGCCCCUCUGUGUUCAUCUCAUGUGGGCCUCAUACCUUAUACACAAACUGUACAUAAGUAGUCUUCAUUUCUAUCAUCGGAAACUUUCUAGUGACAGUGUUCUCCUGGAGAUGGAGCCUAAACAUGCAUAGUUUGUAUGUUGUUAAGGCAUUAAGCCCAAGUGAGAUAAAUGUGUAUAGGAAGGGGAGGGCUUAACUCAGUUAUGACCAGGGAAUGGAGCCAGAUUGCUCCUCCUCCAUCUGUGUAAUAGCCCCACUCAAGUGUGGAGGCUGGUGGAUGCAUUUUCAAUCAUAAUUAUAGGCAACAGUCUUUAUAGUCUUUCAUAAAAAAUUAUUUCCCAUAGAAAAUCAUCUUAAUUUAAAUGAAAGGCUACUUGUCGUACAGUCAGUCAAGAUGAAGUAUGUUGUCCCAGAAUUACACUACCACCAGAAAUCAUUUUGUCUUUCCUUUAAGAUGUCAUGGGACAUUUUCUACUACCUUACAUCCUCCACUUUGGAGAGUUGUUUCAUUACAGUGGGGGGGGGGGGGUGUUCUAUGCUGCCACCACACUAGUAAAAACAAACUACUUGAGUUCUAGUUAAGUGGGGAAUAGUAAUUGUUGCAACACUGGAUGAGUCCUUUAGUUUAUUUGACUGAUUUCUGCUUUAAUUGCAUUUAAAUCAAUGUUUGUCCAAAUUAUUUUCCUGUAUCUAAAAACAUACCUCAAGAUGUCUUAUACUGAAUCAGAUCAAUGGUCCAUCUGACUCUUCGUUAUUUACUCAGACUGUGAUGGCUCUCCAGGAUCUCAGGCAGGUUGUUUACCAGAGAUACCGGAGAUCAAACCUGGGGCCUUCUGCACGUCUGCAACAGCCACAGCCCUUUUUCUGUGAGAAGCAGAAGCCCAUUCUCCUCACACCAUCUCAGUUCAACUGCUCAGCCACAUUCUGCCUGUAUUGGUGGGUGGCCAAAAAAACAGGAUGAAAGACAAGGAAAUGAAUGAUGGACUUGUUCUAGAAGGAAGGCACUUAAGUCUUGUCUGUAUGAUCAACCCAGGGGAAAGGGGGAGGUUCUGAUAGAGGCUCUGAACAUAGUGUUUGCUACCUAUUUGUCUGCCCUCUUGCAUUUUCUGUUAUGUACCUGCAUAUAUUCUUUUGUCAGCCUCUUUGUAUAAACUUUUUCUGUCUCAUCUUCCAAAAUCAGCAUAAGUUUGACUUCCCAGCCUCCAUGGCCUCUGUAACAGGGCUCUUCAGUUCUUCAGAUUUCUGCUGCAGCAGUUGGAAUAAAUCUAGAUAGCUCUCAAAGUAACUGACCUGCAAUUUUAAUGUUGCCACAAGCCCACCAGCUAAAGGGAGCAUUAAUAGUGCAUUAAUAUCCCAUGUACAAUCCUGCUGGCUUUGUAAGUCAUAGCAGUCAGAUUUGCCUGUUGCUAUGUUCUGUGUACUUACAUUAACUCAACAAGGGCCUCUGAGGCUUUGACACAAUGCUGGCUUCCAUAGCUUGCUGACCUAAUUAGUCAUGAUGGCUCUGUGUGUUUUAUAAAGAGCUUUAGAAACUAGAGACCUGAAUAGUUGUUUCUAACAUAUUACUUCAAAUUUUCAAAUCUUGUGAAAAUAUAAAGUUUUCCCAAUCUGCACUCUAUAGUGUCCUUUUAAUACAAUAUUUAAAUAGUGAAAACCGCUACCCCCACAUCAAGCUGGGGAUUAAAACAAUCUCCUUACAACUGAGCUGUAUUAUUAUUAAGUGCUCACUGUUCCUAAGAUGCAUUCCUCUACAGUCAUGCUGGACUUCCUCUCCAGCUUCCUUUCAAGUUUCACAGCACUGCAAUGCUUUUGAUAGAGAUCUCCAUCCAAAUUAGAACUCAGUUGUCUGUGAGAGGAUAAUAGCAAAAGAUUUCUCUUUUCCAAGUCUGGGAUGCUGCCAAUGCAUAAGGAGAAUGAGCUUCCUGCGACAGGUCAGACUUCUGCUAUGGAAAAACUGGAUACUUAGGAAACGACAAAAGGUUCGUCUUCUGGUAGAACUUCUAUGGCCUUUGUCAUUGUUUCUUGUCCUUGUCUGGUUGAGGAGGACUAACCCGGUCUAUCGCCAACAUGAAUGUCAUUUCCCAAAUAAGGCAAUGCCCUCUGCGGGAACUCUGCCAUGGCUACAAGGCAUCUUCUGUAACCUGAACAAUCCUUGUUUCAGAAGUCCUACCCGUGGAGAAUCUCCAGGAAUUGUAUCCAACUACAAUAAUUCCAUUUUAGCAAGAGUGUACCAAGAUGCUCAACAUCUUUUACUGGAAGCCCCUGGAAUACAACUUGGCAGACUUUGGAAGGAACUGCGCACCUUAACCCAAUUUAUGGAAACACUGAGGACUCAUCCAGAAAGGAUUGCAGGAAGAGGGAUAAGAAUCCAGGAUAUCUUAAAAGAUGGAGAGACCCUAAGUAAGUUUCUGCUUGAUGAUGUGGGCCUUUCUGAUACUGUGGUUUACCAGCUGAUUAAUGCACAAGUGCGACCUGAACAGUUUGCCUUUGGAGUCCCAGACCUGACUUUGAAAGAUAUUGCCUGCAGUCAGACCCUGCUGCAUCGCUUCAUUAUAUUCAGCAGUUCUCGGGGUUUUCAAGUUGUGCAUGAGGAUAUGUGUGCCCUUUCCCAGCACACAUUACAAAGAGUGGAAGACUCUUUAUAUGCAAACGUUGACUUCUUUAAGCUUUUUCGCUUGCUUCCCACUGUUUUGGACAUUAAUGCACCAGGUGUUGAUCUGCGCUUGUGGGGCCAAAUACUUUCUAAUGUGUCUCAAGCAGUGCGACAGCUAGUACGUAGGCCAAGUGUUCAGGAUCUUUUGUCUAUUCUGCGACCCCUUCUGCAAAAUGGAGAGCCAGGAUCUUUAAGACAGCUUAUGAGUAUUUUAUCUGAUCUUCUUUGUGGCUAUCCAGAGGGAGGUGGCUCCAGAAUACUCUCUUUCAACUGGUAUGAAGAUAAUAAUUACAAGGCCUUCCUUGGGGUCGACUCUACAAAGAAGAAAUCUGUUUAUUUUUAUGAUAACACAACCACACCCUUUUGUAAUGCACUGAUACAAAACAUGGAAUCAAACACUAUUACCAAAAUUGCUUGGAAUGCUGUGAAACCACUACUGAUGGGGAAAAUCCUCUACACUCCUGAUUCACCAGCUGUGCAGGAGAUACUGGAAAAUGCAAAUUCCACAUUUGAGGAACUUGAACGCCUCAGACUGAUCACUGACGCCUGGAAAGAAGUGGGACCUCAGGUGUGGAACUUCUUUGAAAGCAGCGUGCAAAUGAACAUGAUUCGGGACACACUACAAAAUCCUACAGUAAAAGGUUUCUUGAAUGAGCAGCUGAGUUCUGAAGGUCUGACUGCAGAAGAUGUGAUCAAUUUUCUGCACAAUGGGCCAGAGAGAAAAAGGGGCGGCACAGUGAAUUUUGAUUGGAGGAAUGUCUUCAGUGUCAUCAACCGUGUUCUCAAUACAAUUAACCAGUAUCUGGAGUGCUUGACCCUUGACAAAUUUGAAGGCUAUGCUGAUGAGACUCAGCUCAUUCAUCGUGCCAUCUAUCUUCUGGACGAAAAUAAAUUUUGGGCUGCUGUUGUCUUUCCUAACCUGAACAUGGAAACUAACCAGCUACCAGCUCAUGUGAAGUACAAGAUACGUAUGGAUAUAGAUGCAGUGGAGAAAACAAACAAAAUCAAAGACAGGUACUGGGAUCCUGGUCCAAGAGCUGACCCAGUGGAUGAUUUACGCUACAUCUGGGGAGGGUUUGCCUACCUACAAGAUAUGAUUGAGCAUGGCAUUAUCAAAUCCCAAACCAGUGCUGAAGUGCCUUCAGGAAUUUACCUGCAACAAAUGCCCUAUCCAUGCUUUGUAGAUGAUGUUUUCAUGAUUACACUGAACCGUUCCUUCCCCAUCUUCAUGGUGUUGGCUUGGAUCUACUCUGUCUCUAUGAUAGUAAAGAGCAUCGUACUGGAAAAAGAAAUGAGACUAAAGGAGGCCAUGAAGAACAGGGGGGUGACCAAUGGGGUGAUCUGGUUCACAUGGUUCCUUGACAGCUUUAUCAUAAUGGCUGUGAGCACGUUUCUCCUGACAGCACUCAUUACGUACGGCAAAGUGCUUCAAUAUAGCAACCCCUGCCUCCUCUUCCUGUUCCUGCUGACCUUCACCACAGCCAGCAUCAUGCAAUGCUUCUUGCUCAGUGCUUUCUUCUCCAAGGCUAAUCUGGCAGCCGCCUGCAGUGGAGUCAUCUACUUCACGCUGUACUUGCCCCACAUUGUCUGUUUUGCCUGGCAGGACCGGCUGACUGUUAACAUCAAGAUUAUUGUGAGCUUGCUUUCCCCUGUGGCUUUUGGGUUCGGAACAGAAUACUUGUCUCGCUACGAAGAGCAAGGUCUUGGGCUACAGUGGAACAAUAUCCAAAACAGCCCACUGGAUGGAGAUCAGUACAGUUUCUUGUUCUCUAUGGAGAUGAUGCUUUUUGAUGCUUUUAUCUAUGGAUUGUUCGCUUGGUACCUGGAUAAUGUCUUUCCAGGAGACUACGGGAUACCACGGCCUUGGUAUUUCCCUUUGCAGCUGUCUUCCUGGUGUGGAUCUGGAUGGCUAAAGGCUGAGAAAACAGCAAGCGCUGAGGACAAAAGUUCAGAGAAGGCAAGCAGUGUCAACACAAAGUCUGCAGAAGAAGAGGCGAGAAAAUAUGUUCCGGAUGAGUCUGCCAGUGGGGAUGACAGUCAGAAGAAGAAAAAUGGUAAAGAAAAUAAAUGUAAACACAAAAGAACAAAAGAAUCCAGUGAACCAGAGACUCCUGCAGCAGACAACGCUGAAAUAAAUACAAACCCCUUCUUUGAAGCAGAGCCUUCUGGUCUGCUCCCAGGUGUGCGCAUCCAGAACCUAGUAAAGAUCUUCCCCAGUAGCUCCAGGCCAGCAGUGGAUGGUAUGAGCAUUACUUUUUAUGAGGGCCACAUCACCGCUUUCCUUGGCCAAAAUGGAGCUGGAAAAACUACAACAAUGUCAAUCCUCACUGGUCUGUUCCCACCUACAUCUGGAACAGUACUAGUGGGUGGUAAGGACAUUCGAACGCACAUGGACUGUAUCCAGCAGAGCUUAGGCAUGUGCCCUCAGUACAACAUCUUGUUCAAGCACCUCACUGUUGGAGAACACAUCCUGUUUUAUGCUCAGCUGAAAGGAAGGUCCAGAGAGGAGGCUGAAAUGGAAAUGGAGAUGAUGCUGGAAGAUAUAGGCCUCCCUCAUAAAAGGGAUGAAGAGUCUCAAAACUUGUCAGGGGGCAUGCAGAGAAAGCUAUCUGUUGCUGUUGCCUUUGUAGGAGAAGCAAAGGUGAUUGUCCUGGAUGAGCCCACCUCAGGAGUUGAUCCUUAUUCCCGACGUUCUAUUUGGGAUCUCCUACUGAAGUAUCGUUCAGGUAGAACCAUCAUUUUGUCUACCCACCACAUGGAUGAAGCAGACAUCCUUGGAGACCGAAUUGCUAUUAUUUCCCAAGGGAAGUUGCUCUGCUCAGGAUCUCCUGUUUUCCUAAAGAAGUCCUUUGGGUCAGGCUUUUACCUCACCUUGGUCCGCAAGAUGAAAAACGUCCAGGACUGUGGAAAGAAAGAUGCAACCUCGUGCAGCCUGGGAUCCAAAUGUUCCUGUUUCUGUUCCAAUUGUGUACCAGCAAUCAAGACUGAAACUCUAGAACAGGAACUGGAUGGUGAUCUGAAUGAACUGAGUGAACUGAUCCAUCAUCAUGUUCCAGAAGCAAGGCUAAUUGAAAGCAUUGGUCAAGAGCUUGUUUACCUUCUGCCCAAUAAGGAUAUUAAGCAACGAGCCUACGCCAGCCUUUUCAGAGAAUUGGAAGAAACCCUGGCUGAUGUUGGACUGAGCAGUUUUGGCAUUUCAGACACGCCACUUGAAGAGGUUUUCUUGAAGGUUACAGCUGAAACCCAAAAUGCAGAAGCCACACAUGCGAAUGGAGCCACACAUGAGAAUAAUUCCACAGGGGAAAAAGUGAACGCUGGACAAGAAGAGAAAGCCCAGCAAGCUUCUCAGGCAACCAAUGGUGCUGUUCGAACCCUCAUGGCUCCAAAACAAGAGAGGAGUGAAGGAACCAGACGGAAUAAAGGUUGCCGACUUAUCCUUCAGCAGAUCAAAGCCCUUCUCAUUAAACGAUUUCAUCAUAGCACCCGUAGUCUUAAAGACUUUUUUGCUCAGAUUGUUCUCCCUGCCGGCUUUGUGCUGCUGGCUCUGGUCCUUACUGUCCUCAUCCCACCAUUUGGUGAAUACCCCAGUUUAACUCUCCACCCCUGGAUCUAUGGACACCAACUCAUGUUCUUCAGCAAUGAGCGGCCUGGAAGUGAGCAGAUGGUUUCUCUUACUGACGCCUUCCUAAAAAAACCAGGAUUUGGAAAUCGUUGCUUGAAGAAAGAACCCCUUCAGAACUAUACUUGCAUUAAUGCAUCAGCGACUUGGGAGACGCCAACUGUUCCUGAUAACGUCUCUGUUCUUUUUCGCACCAACAAGUGGAGUGCUGACAACCCCUCUCCCGUCUGCAAAUGCAGCACAGAGAAGAAACUCACUAUGCUACCUGAGUGUCCAUUGGGAGCUGGAGGACUUCCUCCCCCACAGAGAGUGCAGCAUUCCACAGACAUUCUUCAGGAUCUCACUCACCACAACAUAUCCGAUUUCCUGGUGAAAACCUAUCCCAGCCUCAUAAGAAGCAGUUUGAAGAGCAAAUACUGGGUUAAUGAGCGAAGAUAUGGAGGAAUUUCCAUUGGAGGAAAACUCCCAGUCCUUCAUGUCACUGGAGAGCAAAUGGUUGGCUUUCUCAGAGAUCUUGGUCAAAUGAUGAACAUAACAGCGGGGGAAGCAUCAGCAGCUGUUGCUGAAGAAAUGUCAGACUUUCUAAAACACAUGGAAACUGAAGACAAUAUUAAGGUCUGGUUUAACAACAAGGGCUGGCAUGCCAUGGUCAGUUAUCUGAAUAUUGCCAACAAUGCAGUCCUUCGAGCCAAUCUUCAUAAAAGCAAAGACCCUGAAGAAUAUGGGAUAACUGCCAUCAAUCAUCCCCUGAAUCUCACUAAGGAGCAGCUUUCUGAAGUCACUGUGCUGACCACUUCGGUAGAUGCUGUUGUUUCCAUCUGUGUGAUUUUCGCCAUGUCCUUCAUCCCAGCAAGCUUUGUUAUAUACCUGAUUCAAGAACGAGUGACAAAAGCCAAGCACCUCCAGUUUGUCAGUGGCGUGAGCCCUGUCACCUACUGGCUAACCAAUUUCCUUUGGGACAUAGUGAAUUAUAUUGUGAGUGCUGCUCUAGUAGUGGCAAUAUUCAUUGGUUUUGAAAAGAAAGCUUACACAUCACCAGACAACCUCCCAGCUCUUACAGCUUUGCUACUUCUGUAUGGGUGGGCCAUAAUUCCAAUGAUGUACCCAGCAUCCUGCUUCUUCAGUAUUCCCAGCACAGCCUACGUUGCCUUGUCUUGCAUCAACCUCUUCAUUGGUAUAAACAGUAGUGCCAUUACAUUUAUUCUGGAGCUCUUUGAAAACAAUCCAUUUUUGCUGAGAUUCAACAAAUCACUGAAAAACAUCCUCCUAGUUUUUCCUCAUUUCUGCCUGGGCCGUGGACUCAUUGACCUGGCUAUGAACCAAGCUGUAACUGAUGUGUAUGCUCGAUUUGGAGAAGAGCAUAUUUUGAAUCCAUUUCAUUGGGAUUUUGCUGGAAAGAACAUGGUUGCUCUGGCAGUGCAAGGGGUUGUCUAUUUUCUUCUGAAUCUUCUGAUGCAGCAUAAUUUCUGCUCUACAAGACAGCUGCCUCAGAAUACCCUAAUGCCUGUUUUGGAUGAAGAUGAGGAUGUUGCAGAAGAAAGGCAACGAAUCAUGAAGGGAGGCAGCAAAACAGAUAUCUUGAAAUUACAAGAGUUGACCAAGAUCUAUGGAGGUAGACAUGUACCAGCUGUGGACCGGCUCUGUGUUGGUAUUCGUCCUGGAGAGUGCUUUGGACUCCUGGGAGUGAAUGGAGCUGGCAAGACAACAACAUUCAGAAUGCUGACUGGGGACACUAGAGCAACCUCUGGUGAUGCUAUAGUGGUGGGCUACAGCAUAUUGACUCAUCUCUCUGAUGUUCAUCAGAACAUGGGCUACUGCCCACAGUUUGAUGCUAUUGAUGAUCUGCUCACAGGAAGAGAGCAUUUGUAUCUUUAUGCCCGGCUGCGUGGUGUUCCAGAAUCAGAAAUUGAGAGGGUCGCAGAGUGGGGCAUACAGAAGCUUGGACUCUUGAUUUAUGCAGAUCAGUUGGCAGGCACUUACAGUGGUGGCAACAAGCGCAAGCUCUCCACUGCCAUUGCCCUGAUAGGCUGCCCUCCUUUAGUCCUGCUGGAUGAGCCAACCACGGGCAUGGACCCUCAGUCCCGACGUUUCUUAUGGAACUCAAUUGUCAGUGUAAUCAGAGAGGGAAGAUCUGUUGUUCUGACCUCACACAGCAUGGAAGAAUGCGAGGCACUCUGUACACGCCUGGCUAUCAUGGUUAAUGGGACCUUCAAAUGCCUGGGCACCAUCCAGCAUCUCAAAUACAAAUAUGGAGAUGGCUACAUUGUUACCAUGAAAAUCAAGGCUUCCAAACCUGGACUUCCUCCAGAUUCAAGUCUAGCUGAGCAAUUCAUACAGGUGAACUUUCCAGGAAGCAUACAGAGAGAGAAACACUACAACAUGCUUCAGUACCAGAUAUGCGCCUACUCACUGGCCAGGAUCUUUCGAUUAAUUAUCUCCAACAAGGAUUAUCUGAAUAUUGAAGAAUAUUCUGUCUCCCAAACUACCCUAGAUCAGGUUUUUGUGAACUUUGCUAAACAGCAGAUGGAAGAUGAGGAAAUUCCUCUUCACCCUCGUGCAGCUGGUGCUAACAGAGAGGUGAAAGUGACUCCUGCUUUCUGUCAGCAGACAAAAGCAUAAAGAAGAUCUGCAUCGACUAAAGAAUUCUUCUUAGCUGAGUGUCCUUCCUUGCCAGAGUACUACAAACACAGGAUAAGCUUUUCACAACACUACAGUUAAACAUAGCAGUAUCAGUGGAGAACAGUAAUGAGGUCAGAUGAGUUGACUUUGAUACAAAGCGUUUUGAUACAAACUCAGAACAGGGUUUGGGACAAAAUGGGUUGAUACAAAAUCACCUUUGUGUGAUUUUCAAAAAAGCCAGGUGUACAAGUUUGUCAUGUCCAUCAAAAGCACCUGUUUUAAAGGUAAUACUGUAGUAUUUAUGUUUGGGACCAAACUAGGACUUGCUGGCAAAUACAAGCUGUGUUGUUUCAUCCUACCAAAAUCUAGAGAAGUACUGGCUGUGGCUAACAGGACAAUGAACUCACAAAGUUUCAUAGCCAGCUAUAGAACUGAAAAAUUUAUGAACGCAGGAAACAUUCCCUUUCCCAAGGUACAUUCAUGAUUCACCCCGGGGAGGGAAAGAGGAAAUAGUGGGCAAGUUGAGAAAGAGGAAAAUGUGUGUCCUUCACAAGUUCUUGCUGGUUCCCCACCGUGCAACAACCCCCCACCCGGCAACCAAUCCAACUGGACCAUAGUUUUUCCAGGUAAAAGGUGCUAGGGGUACGGAAGGGUGGAAGUCUUUCAACGGGAAGAAGGUAAAGGUUGGCUGGCUUUUAUAUGGCUAGGAAGGAGGCAGGAAAGAGGGAGAGACUUUGGAGACGUUCAGGGAAGGAAAAGGAGAGGUAGUGGGGAAAUUCACCUGCAAGUCCUUGCAGGUUUCCAUUUGUUUUGUUUAUUUAAAACAUUUAUUAAACGCCUUUCUUCCUUAUGGAGUUUAAGGCGGCUUAUAACAUUUAAACAUAGGUUUGAAUGUUUUAAGAACUCUGAGGAUCUUGUUGAACCCUGUUCUCAUGGGAAACUUUUUAAAAUAAGAAAUAGUGUUUUAUUUUUUCAGUCACCAUAUUGGAGAGUAGUAUAUUAAAAGUUCCAGUCACCACUGUAGUGUGAUUGCUGCUAGAAAGGUCUUUUGGUAAAAUCAUGGGGGAAGCAUCUGGGAAGCGUUUAACCAAGCCAGUACAGCAUACAUUUUGAAUGGCUGCUCAGGCAUGGUAAAAGCCUCCCCUGCCCCUCCACUGUAUCAGUGGGAAGGUGCUCACAUACUAUUUCCCAUGUAAGUCCCUUUCCUAGUAGUAAUUAUAUUACAAAGAAAAUAUAAUUUGUAUAUAAUUAUGAUUUACAGUUUUCUAUUUACAUCAGCUAGUAGGUCCCAAACUAUUCCUUCUCAGGUACAAAAUGCUACACAAGAAAGACUUAUGGGUUGUAUAUGUAUCUGUGUGAGUGUGUGCUUUUAUCGUUUUUUUUUAACUUGAGCAAGGUACUAAACAAAAAAAUUGUAAAAAUUCAGUAACCAACUACAUAGUAUCUUCUACAGCUGAAAUUAUAUGAACCAAAUUUAAAAUAUAAGCCUGAAUUUAUUGCAUAUUCUCUUUAUAAACAGUUGCAAAAAUUUUCUAUACAUCAUUUCUAGAGAAAUAAAUCUUGUCAGGAAACAGUCAGAGCUCCUUGGUUGAUAAAGUCUAAAACAAGUACUAAAAAGUGUGUUUAAGACAGUAGUGCAUUAAUUUCGCAGUUUGCACAGAGCCUUCUCGAAACUGACUGCACACUUUAUGGAGAAAUACAACACUAGAGGGUUUAAUCUUUUCUUUGACUUUGUUACAGGUGAAGACAAGCAUUUCUUUCAGGACUACAUCUUAGGCUUCUUGUUUAAGUACUACUGGAUUGUAUAUGUGUUUUCCCAUUAGUACAUCCCACUGAUUUCAAUAGAUCUUACUCUCAAAUUAAGUGAGCACAGGAUUGUAGCACCAAAUGUUUUUCAAGGUAAGAAAUGCAGACAGAAUAAUCACAUGAUAUACAGUGCCAAUCUAAGCAGAGCUACACACUUCUGAAAUCAAUGGGAUUCUCUGCUUAGAAUGGUACUACUGAAAGUCCUGCUAGAACUUCAUAACUUGAGAGAGAGGCAUGAGUUCUAAUCCCCACAUAAAAGAUUUCCUGAGUAUAGAAAGCUACCAUAUUUGUUAAAGGGCCAGGCUAGAACCUUUCUUCAUGUGAUAGUUUUCUCUGUGCAGGAAAUUUCACAUAAAUUCACAUGCACAACCCUCACCUUGCCUUCUGAAAUUGUAUAAUCUCAACAAGACCAUGUGUAAAUUGUU